AUGGCGAAUCCUCCACAGGCCAAUACUAAACCUCUUCGCAGGUCAGCUGUCAAACCACGAAAGACAUUCAGAGAACUAUUUCUACAUCGACUACCUAACUACAAUGGACCUUACAAUGUUGGAUAUAUGGACAUCGAAGUUCCAGUCCGCGAUCCCCGACCUGUUUCCAAACUUCGAAGAAAUGGGAAACCAGUCCUUCGACUGGACACGAUCCUGAUGGGAAUAUAUUAUCCGUGUGAUUUACAAGCUUCUACUGGUGCAGAAAAGCCCCAUCGUGUCGACUGGAUGCCACGACCAAGAGCUGCAACUGCCAAGGGCUACGCCAAGUAUCUUCACAUUCCAGCACUGCCAGUUACCGCCUACCUUGCCUGUACCUCUCUCUUCACAAAGCUGCCUGCAUUUCGAAAUGCCAAACUGGCUGCUCAUUGGCCGGAAGAUAUAUGCAAUGACUCUGGCCCAACCGGACAGAAGGCCAGAGAGGAAGAGGAAGAUCCUAAUAGUCGGCCAAAAUUUCCCGUCAUCAUCUUCAGCCAUGGACUUGGCGGCUCGCGGCUCUGCUACAGCUCAAUCUGUGGAGAACUUGCGAGCUUCGGAUUUGUUGUGGUAGCGAUAGAACAUCGUGAUGGCAGCGAAUCAUCAACGGCCGAAAUACACACAAAUAACGACGGCAAGGAAAAUGAUGCCAAAGAUAAGAAAGUGCAACGUCGAAGGAAAGAGGGUUUGAAUCCAUACUAUGUUGUCGACUAUAUUCUCCCCAAAGACAAUGCCCAGGACACCUCUCCUCAUAACCGCAGAGGUGUUGAUCACACUUUGAGAUCGGCUCAAAUUGAACUGAGGCAAGAAGAGGUAAAGGAGGCCUUCCAUAUUCUCGAUCUACUCAAUUCUGGUCAUGGAGAUGAUGUUGCGUCUCUGAAUCUCCGAAAGAAAGGCAAUGUGGCAUCUAGCUCCGUGGGUCUCAAUGGCGUCAACUGGGAAGAUUGGAAAGGCAGCAUGUUUCUAAAUAAUGUCACCAUGAUGGGACACUCAUUUGGAGGUGCGACUACAGUCCAGGUUUGCCGCGAUCAUUCGCUGGAAUGGAUUGGUCAGGGAGUUAUUCUGGAUGCCUGGGGUCAAGCAACGCCUCCAGCUGGAGAGAGUCAAAAAGAAAGGAUCGCGAAGCCGCUUAUAUCAAUCUCAUCCGAGGCCUUCAUGCACUGGAAAGACAAUUUUGAUAAAGUCGUCGAGUUUAGUGAUGAAGCGCGUGAAUCUGGGGCAUUGUGCUGGAUGCUCACAAUAGUUGGAUCAACUCAUCUCGCAAUGACCGAUCUCGCCGUGCUUUAUCCUCAAUGGAUGUCAAUACUAAUGAAGUCCAUGGUCAAUCCGACACGGGCAAUCUCUCUCACUAUCACAGCAUCCUUGGAAUUUCUUAAAAUCGUAUUGCCUCCAGAACAGACCAAAUACAACAUGUGGGCAGACGAGCAGCUGCUACAAUCUGCAGAGCAACCACCCGAGCCCACAGAGCCUCUUCGGACGGACCACGCACCUGAUCACAAAUGGGUUGCUGUUCGCCUCAAGAUACCCAAUGAGUUCUCAGUACGGGUAAAGGCAUGGUUCCGUCGUACUUGGCGAUUCGUUAUUUGUGCUGGCCGUGAGGUGGCCGACCUCGCCCAUGGUUUGCAUGAUUUCGGGGAGCAGGAAGAAAUCUGGACACACAUGUGCCCUACUCACGAGAAGGUGGAAGAAUACAUGAACCAAUUUCGAUGA